AUGCGGUUUUCCUCAAGUGGAAGGCGGCAUGUGCCUUCGCCAAGGCAUCGCGACAACUUCGCACUCAGAGCCGACAGAUCAAGGCUUGCAAAGCUUGAGGAAGCUGAGUGUGCAGCCCAGCAAGGCAACCAACGCCUUCUGCAUCAGAUCGUGCGAAGCCUGGCGCCACGUAGCCCCAAACUCCUGUCCAGACUUCGUGAUCCUGAUGGUCACGUCUUAGGCAAGGAAGCAGCUCUGCAGGCCAUGCUUCAAUAUGCCAAGGACACCUUCAGUGCCAUGCCGGAUGAACCUAUCAUUCUGCCAAUGCAGGAGAACUGGGUUUGCACAGACGCCGAGGUCCGGAACGAGCUGCAAAAACUUGGAAUGUACAAGGCUGUGCCUGUUGGCAUGGCCCCUGCAGCUUUAUGGAAAACUUUUGCGGGGGCUAUUGCUCCGCUGCUGGGCACACACAUCCGGCGACAUUUUCGUGCCGAAGGCCCCGCUUGUCUUGAAAAGGAUUUGCAUGAUGCACACAUUACCCUUAUACCUAAGCCCAGUAAGCCUGCGACAUCUGUGGAAAACCUACGCCCGAUUGGGUUGCAGUGCCCAAGUGCAAAGAUCAUCGCGGGCUUGGUUCGUCAAUCUCUGCUUGACACCCUUCUCCCCUUAAUCCAAAAUCUCCCGCAGUAUGCUUAUGCACGACAAAGGGGCACUUUCGAUGCCUUGUUGAGGGUUCAUUUGCAUUUUGAGGAGGUUAGUGCCAUACUGAGAGAAAAUCGUGUUGACAGAUUUCAGCAAUUCGCUGGCAAACGCAAACAUGGCUGUGUGGGGGGACUUAGCUUGUCGCUUGACCUUUCGCGUGCCUAUGAUCUCACCAACCGCCCGAUUGUCUACCAAACACUUGCCCACCAUGGUGUCUCGCAAGACACCAUCACCAUCAUUCAGCAAUUGCACAGAGAUGCGCAAUAUGUCUUCCGAUCCGGGGAUCAAGUUGCCAGUCAGAUCACAACAAAUGGUCUGAAACAAGGAUGCUGUAUCGCACCCUUCUUAUGGUCCUUCUACACGGUAGCCCUGAUGCACCUUCUCAUUGGAAAACUCGGGGAGGAUUGGUUGCAACGUGUGCUUGUUCUCUUUGCUGACGAUCAUUGGUGCCACUGGGUAAUCAGAAAUAAAGAAGACUGGGAUGCAGCACUUGCACAGAUGACUGUUGUCCUUGAGGCUCUUCUUGCCUUCAAAAUGAAGGUUAACUAUGGCAAAACAGCGAUUCUGGUGAGACUUGAAGGCAAGCAAGCCAAAAACAUUUUGCAUGAGAGCACUAGGAUGAAAAAUGGCACUAGAUAUCUCAUCAUCAAAGUUCAGGGUCAAGAGCAGCUUAUUCCCAUCAAAGAGGCUCAUGAGUAUCUUGGCACUAAGGUCACUUACAAACACAGACUUAAUGAAAAUCUUAGUCAUAGGCUUAAAACGUCCCCUGAUAUCACUACACAACCCCAGAUCUUUGCUCACCUGCGAAAACUGGAAGGCUCGCUGCAAGCCCUUGCAAACGAGCAGGAGCGCAAAGCCGACAAACCGGCGGAAGGCACUGAGCCACAGAUCCCGUGCCCAGAGUGUGACGAUAUGUUCACCACCGAACAUGCGAUGCGACUGCACUGCCAGGUUAAGCACGACUUCCUGCCACCAAGAGUGGCUUGUACGCCCACCAAGUUUGUGCCAAGCUUGCACGCAUGCGGUGGACUGCCACGCUGCCAACUGUGUCUCAGGACUUUUUAUCGGUGGCAAAAUCUUCGACACCACAUUGAAAGUGGAGCCUGCGAGAAGCUCGGAGGAGACAGCCUCAUCAAGCAUCCUCCCAAGAACCCUGACGAACAGGCUGCUGAGUGCUCGCUGCCGAGCCCGCCGCCGGGCCGUCCUGCAGACACGGCUGUAGGAGUGCAGCAAAACCUGCCCUUGGUCGAUCGUUUGCUUUUUCGUGACUUGCAACAUGACUGGGAGAGGCUACUGAGGGAUCCCAUACUGAAGGCUGACCUCAUGGCUCACUGCAGCAUUUGCCACAUGUGGAUUGCUAAGUCCUCGCACAUUAAGCAACACAUUCGCAGGAUACAUGAUGUAGAGACGCCUGGUCUUCACGAAGCGGCCCUACAGCUCUGCCACAGCUUCAAAAGUCAGCUUGUCCGGGAUAGAUCGUGCCCCUGGACUGUGCCGGAGAGUGUGGGACUCAAUCCAGAGGCGGACAUCUUCGCCUUUUGCGAUCCUUCUCUGCUGCUAAAGUCGUCGACGCCCCUAGCCUUAGUGAGCGAAACGGCACCCGAGAGCUCAGAGAACAGCCAGCCGCCCAAGCGUCCACGCCCGGAGCCCAGCCCUCUGUUUGCGAACAGAAGCCGACAUCCGAAUCGACCGCCCCAAGCUCCCUUCCAUCCGAAGGGCCCGAGAGGGGGAGGCUACUAUCCAUAUCAUCAACAAUCGACCAUGGACCCUCAAGUUCGUUUGAUGGCACGGCUCAUGCUUCAGCACGAGGAAAUGCUGGCAGCCCAACGGGUCGACAAGCAGUGGCACAGCAAGAAUCAACUGCAGGAUACCACGGAUCAAACGGAGACGGUGCAGCAGUCCCCCUUGAGGACUGUGUUGAUGGCUUGCUUGCUCAAGGAGCUUUUAGCACGAGUGCAGAAGAUGGCCUCUACAACGGAAGGCCAGGGAAAGCUCCAGGCAGCGGGCUGGAUGGACGAGAAGGGCGAGUGGACCUUUCUCAGGUUCUGUCACAAAACCAAGAAAUUGGUAAGGGACCUAAAGAAAGAGUGUUUGAGCCACCAGGAGGCGGUGCGUCAAAUUUCCUUCAUGUUGGAGCACAUGCGCGGAGAAAUCGUACAGAAGUUCAACUCCACGCAAUCGUUGAAGGUGCUGGAGGCCACUGCCGGCCCGAAGCCCCAAGCCACGUUCAUCCUCGAGAUUUCUCUACGAGGGGAGCAAGCCAACGAGAUGCAUCAAACAUUGUGCACACUGAUCGGCAGCUCACUUUGGCAGCUGUUGGGCAUUUCACUAAAGCGGGGCACUCUGAAACGGUCUCCCUUGGCGGAUCAGCUGGCCCAGCUGGUGUACGGCCACUGA